AGCUUCAAGUUCAGGAAAUGAUCAAAUUACUUUGUCGAUCGGGAAAUGGCAUCAUGGUAGAAACAAAUGUUUAUCUUAUUUAUUUUUCAGUUUGUGAACAGCAGAUAUUUUCCAAUCACUGUUUUAUUCCCAAUCCCUGAUUGGAAUAGGGAGAGUGGAUUCCCAGAAUGUUGCUGAUCCUUCUCUCCAUCUCCCUGUGUUUUUCCCGGGUCUCUCCCGAAACUAACUCACCAACUUUGAAAUAUACAAUUGUCUCAGGAGCACAAGAUUUCCCUGAAGUCACUGUUGUUGCGAUGGUCAAUGGAAUACAAACAGGUUACUUUGACAGUGAUACCCAUCGCUGUGUCCCCAGGCAGCAGUUCCUGACUGAAUCACUCAGUCUGAAAUUCUGGGACGAUGCUACAGAUCAGGCAAUCACACACACCGGGCUGGCAAAGGAGAAUCUGAAAUCGAUCAUGAAAAGGACAAACCAGACUUCAGGAAUUCACACACUCCAAUGGAUACAUUCUGUUGAGGUCAGUGAAGAUGGCUCUGUGAAGAGAUCAAUGAGAUUUGGAUUUGAUGGAAAGGACCACAUUAGUUUAGAGCCAGACAGAAUGAGAUGGGUUGCCGCAAAUCACUUUGCAGUGAUCAAUAAAGAGAAAUGGAAUUCGGAUCAAUCCUGGAACUACUAUUGGGAAUCAUAUCUGCAAAAAACAUCUGUUGAACAUUUAAACAGAUAUCUGGAAGUUGGAAAGGAUUAUUUCACAAGGAAAGUUCAGCCUGAAGUGUUCAUCUCCAGGAGGGAGCCCAAUGGUCAGGACAAGCCGCUCACUCUCUCCUGCCUGGUCACUGGGUUUUAUCCUGUAGACAUCGAGGUGACCUGGCUAAGGAAUGGAGAGGUCAUGUCUGAGACCCAAUCCUCAGGGGUUCGACCAAACCACGAUGGGACACAACAGAUCCAGAAAGAGAUUGAGAUCAAUGCUGGGGAUGAGGAUCAAUACUCCUGUCAAAUUGAACACAGCAGCCUGGCAGAGGCCCAGCUCUAUCAGUGGGAAAUCCCAGAAAACAGUGUGGUACGUUACCAUUUUAUACUUUUGUUUGGAUUAAUCGCUGCAAUGGCUGCAAUUUUCAGAAUAAUCAUCUGGAAAAGGCCCUGGAGAGGUUCCCCAAGUGGGACCUACACAACAGCUCCCAGUUGAACAGUGGAUCCCAGAUCCGCACGUAGAUCCUGAUUCUGCAAGUGGGACCCUCUCAAGUCGUGUUUCCAUCCCGUCUCAGAAAUGUGAGCAGUGUCACCGUCAGAGGGAUCUUCACGGAUGGUUCCUCCCUCACACUUUCUCAUCCUCACUGUCUUCAGUGUCUUGACCUGAAAUGUAGCAAUGUCCUGAACUCCCUCUGAGCGAGGUUUUGUACUGUAGGACGUGAAUCAUUUUUGCACUUCAUACAACGAAAUUUUAACUUUUAUGUUAUAGUCUCUAUGAAUUUUGUUACGGUCAUAUUGUUAGAUUGAUAUCUCUCUCAUUAUUUAACUUUUACUCUUCUAUUUUUAUUCUCAUCUGUUUUAAGCUGAACUGAUCUGUUUUGCACUUUACGUAAACAGCGUGAUCAAAUGUGAACUUUUAUGUCAACUUCCUUUAUUUUAUUUGUUCACAAUCAUGUA